UCAGAAUUUUCCGUUCCGCUGGAAAUUUUUCAAUUUUAAACAAAUGGCUUAAAUAUUACGUAUUUUAUUACGUUAGAUAACAUUAUCGAAAUUGCUAUUUUGAUUAGUGUCGAUUUUGCGCAAAAUGUUAAUAGUCUAAUGUAGAAGUACUACAAGGAAUAAAAUACAUACGUUUUUCAGUGAUAUUUCCACAUAAAAUUUUAGUAAACUGAACGGUUCAAUGCGUGGUAUCAGCUGUUACGAUACGUCCACAGCUGUGAUGUCGUGAGUCAGUGGAAACGUGCUCCACAAUUAAGUCGACCGCCAACGUCAAGUGAGCGGAAACAUCGCGCGAGAUCGUAGCCGCUUAUUGUUUUUCAGUUAUUUGGACGCGCUCGGGGCGUGUUGCCGUCGCGUGUUCCGCCGCAAUGAACUCCGCGCAUACGCCGCCGUAGAUACAUCGCUGUGAUAGUUUCCGUAGCAGUUCUGUAUACAAACAGCAGUGUCAGUGCAGUGCUCCGCCAUGGCUCGCCUCACUGAAGAGAUGGUGAUCGCGCGCUCCAAGCAGUCGGACCUCAGCGCGAUCAAGAAGCUCAACUGCUGGGGUGCAGAGCUGGGAGACGUGAGCCUGCUGCGGAGGAUGCCCAACGUUGAAGUACUCGCACUCAGUAUAAACAAGAUCCGCACGCUGGGCGACUUUGCGGGCUGCCGGCGGCUCCGCGAGCUGUACGUGCGCAAGAACGAGAUCAGCGACCUGCACGAGAUCCGGCACCUGCGCCACCUGCCCGACCUCACCAGCCUGUGGCUCGACGAGAACCCCUGCACCUCGCACCCACAGUACAGGAUGACAGUACUACGGAAUCUGCCCAACCUGGAGAAGCUGGACAACGUGCCCGUGCAGCCCGACGAGGUGCAGGAGGCGAUGCGGCGCGGCAUACACAUACCGGACUCCGAUGAUGAAGGAUACCCACAGCAGCAGGAGAGCUACGGCGGGUACCGGCAGCGCUCGUGCGAGUCCAGCCCCGAGCGCUCGCCCGACCAGUUCGCGCACUACUCGCGCCGCCCGAGGCAUGAGGGCAGCGACAGCUCGGACGCGGGCGGCGACGCGCCGCCGGACUGCGCGCGGCCAGACGCACAGUGUCCGCGCUCCCCCCCGCGGCGCGCCCCCCCCGCCGCGUCGCCCGACGCCGACGAGCGCUACGACCAUCCCGCCAUGACGCGCUCGCACAUCGAGGCGCGCUCGCCCGACGCCGGCUCGCUGCGGCACUCGCUGUCCGCGCAGAGUGUCAAGGAGUACUCGUACUCGUCUAACGGCGAGUGUCGGUACCCGGCCGCCAGCGGCGUCGCGUCGCCGCCCUGCCCGGAGCCCUACUACGAGCGACCCGACAGAUGGGCUUGCAGGUCGGAGUCGCUGACACAGCCGAGCACGGCGCGGGAGUGGGAGUACCCGUCGGCCGUGAUGGCGGAGCACCGCGGCUUCACGCGCCGCCCCGUCGCGCGCAACUCCAACCUGCUCUCCGCCGUGCUCUGCCUCGUCAAGGAGCUCGACUACCCCAGCCUCGAGGUCGCAGAGAUGGCCGUCAGAUGUCGCAUGGACGAGUUGGCCAACAGCCAGUGACGCAGCGCCGCGCGCGGUGACGUCACCACUCUCUAGUCAGCGUGCGCCACGCCACGCCCGCGCCACGUCGCGUCUGCGCCACGCGUGCAGUGCGACACGCGAAUGAACUGUUGUACAUAGUGAGGCCGCCCGCGCCGACACACAUACUCGUACCUACAUUACUAGCCUCGGUUACAUGAUCAAGUUGCUGGAACUUUAAGACUUCAGUUUGUCUCGACUUCCCUCGGUUCCAUAGUCAAACUAGGAACCGAUGUAGCUUAAGUGUCUUAUUAUUUUCUAAUCAAAUUAAUUUUAACGGAGGACGAAAAUGAAUUUGAACAGAAUCCCAAUCGUAAACAAACGUAGGUAAAUGUACUGAAUUACAUAGUAACGAUGAACAAAGCGACUUGCCGUUUGAGCGCCUAUUUUAUGAGCACCCAUACUUCGAAUACUUAAGACUUAGCGCAAAUAAGCUCCCAAAAUAUGUGCUCAAACAUUAUUUUACGAAAGUGUGUAAUGUUCCUGCCUACUCCACGGUAGUGUGAGUGUAUGUGUGUACAUAAUAAUAUGUAUGUGUGCGCGGGCGGCAGUGAGGAGCAAAUUAAUAAGUAAUGUACUCGUAAUUAAUUGUAUUGUAAUAAAUUAACUUGCCGUAACAA